AUGGCCCAGCAGAAGUUCAAGGUUGCCGACAUCUCCCUCGCCGCCUUCGGCAAGAAGGAGGUCGAGCUCGCUGAGCGCGAGAUGCCCGGUCUCAUGGCCCUCCGUGAGAAGCACGGCGAGUCCAAGCCCCUCACCGGUGCUCGCAUCGCUGGCUGCCUCCACAUGACCAUCCAGACCGCCGUCCUCAUCGAGACUCUUGUUGUCCUCGGUGCCGAGGUCACCUGGUCGUCGUGCAACAUCUUCUCGACCCAGGACCACGCCGCCGCUUACAUUGCCUCGAUCGGCGUUCCCGUCUUUGCCUGGAAGGGCGAGACUGAGGAGGAGUACGUUUGGUGCAUCCGCCAGACCAUUGAGGGCUUUGCCGGUGGCAAGGGCCUCAACAUGAUCCUUGACGACGGUGGUGACCUCACCAAGCUCGUCCACGACGAGUUCCCCCAGCUCCUCAAGGACGUCAAGGGUGUCUCGGAGGAGACCACCACCGGUGUCCACCACCUUUACAAGAUGCACGCCGAGGGCAAGCUCAAGAUCCCCGCCAUCAACGUCAACGACUCGGUCACCAAGUCCAAGUUUGACAACUACUACGGCUGCCGCGAGUCGCUCGUCGACGGCAUCAAGCGUGCCACCGACGUCAUGCUUGCCGGCAAGACUGCCGUUGUCGCUGGCUUUGGCGACGUUGGCAAGGGCUGCGCCGAGUCGCUCCGCUCGUACGGCUGCCGUGUCCUCGUCACCGAGAUUGACCCCAUCAACGCCCUCCAGGCGUCGAUGAGCGGCUACGAGGUCACCACCAUGGAGGACGCCGCUCCCCGCUCUAACAUCUUUGUCACCACCACCGGCAACCGUGACAUUAUCACUGGUGUCCACUUCUCCAACAUGCCCGAGGACGCCAUUGUCUGCAACAUUGGCCACUUUGACAUUGAGAUUGACGUUGCUUGGCUCAAGGCCAACGCCAAGGAGCACGUCAACAUCAAGCCCCAGGUUGACCGCUACACCAUGGCCAACGGCCGCCACGUCCUCCUCCUCGCCGAGGGCCGUCUUGUCAACCUCGGCUGCGCCACUGGCCACCCCUCGUUUGUCAUGUCGUGCUCGUUCGCCAACCAGGUCCUCGCCCAGAUCGCCCUCUGGACCGACAACGCCUCGUACCCCCUCGGCGUCCACAUGCUCCCCAAGCACCUCGACGAGGAGGUUGCCCGUGCCCACCUUGGCCAGCUCGGCGUCAAGCUCACCACCCUCUCGACUGUCCAGUCCGACUACCUCGGCAUCCCCGUUGCUGGCCCCUACAAGCCCAACCACUACCGCUACUAA